AUGACUCAAUCAAUUUCAACUGAAAGCACUGGGGGUGAGGCGCCAUGCAAGCCUAUCGAGGCGACAGAGGCCUACCGCAACAAAUUCCCAGUAGCCUAUGAACAAUCAAAGCUCCCUUUUGAUACCCCGAGAAAGGUCAAGGUUAUCCUCGCAGGUGCAGGUAUUAGUGGAAUUUCCUUUGCUCAUGCUGUGGAGACUGGCCAACUACCCAACGUCGAUCUUCAGAUUCUUGAAAAGAACGUUGGAUUGGGAGGCACCUGGCUCGAGAACCGCUACCCUGGAUGCGCAUGUGAUAUUCCUUCUCACAACUACUUGUUUACAUGGGCGCCAAACCCCAAGUGGUCUUCAUUUUACGUCUCCGCACCUGAGAUCCUUCAAUAUAUCGACAACGUCGUUGAUAAGUUCGAUCUGCGAAAAUAUGUCACUACUUGCCGCAAGAUUACCAGCGCCGUCUGGAACGAUGAGAAGCAGAAGUGGAUUGUCACCAGCAGAAACACAGAUGGCCGUCGCACUGUCGUUUCCUCGAUGGGUGUGACCGAGGGUGAGACCGGCGAAGACAUCGUCGAGGAAUGCGAUGUGUUCGUCAAUGCCAGUGGAUACCUCAACGACUGGAGAUGGCCCAACCUUCCUGGCCGCGAGAACUACCGAGGCGUUCUCGCCCACAGCGCCAACUACAACCCCGAAAUUGACCUGCGGGGCAAGCGUGUCGCCGUCAUUGGUAACGGAAGUAGUGGUAUUCAAGUCACUGCAGCCGUGCAGAAAGUCGCCAGCCACGUUGGUGCCUAUAUCCGAUCCCCGACCUGGGUUACAGCCAACUUGGGCUCAAGAUUCAUUGGUCAAGGUGUACCCAACAUGACCUAUGACGAAGAGCAACAGAAGAAGUGGAUAGAGAAUCCGGAAGAGUACCUCACUCUUCGCAAGGAAAUUGAGAAGGAACUGAACUUCCGAUUCCCCUUGUUUAUCAGAGAGACCGAGUUCCAAGAGAUGGCGAAGAACUUCACAAGCAAAGACAUGCGCUCCAAGCUUGAGAAGAAGCCCGAAGUUGCGGAUCGCAUUAUUCCUUCCUUUGGCGUUGGAUGCCGUCGUCCGACUCCUGGACCAGGCUAUCUGGCAGCGCUUUCUGCUGAUAACUGUGAGGUCGUUUGGGGUGAGAUCGACUCUUUCACUAAGACUGGUCUGAAGUCCAAGGAUGGCACGGAGCGCGACUUUGAUGUUAUCAUCGCCGCAACCGGUUUCGAUAUGUCUUUCGUGCCCCGUUGGCCAAUCAUCGGCCGAAACGCCUGCUACCUGUCCGCAAUUGCGCAGGAUAUGCCCAACUAUUUCAUCUACAUGGGACCCGGCAGCCCGGUUGGCCACGGUAGUAUGAUCACCUCUAUCGAGAGAAUCACUCUCUACCUGGUGGACAUGAUCAGAAAGUUGCAACGGGAGAAUUACUCUUCAUUCCGUCUCAAGGAUGGGAAGGCCAAGGCAUACCAGUUCCAGAUGCUUUCAUGGCUCGAGAAGACGGUCUGGGGUGACACUUGCCAGAGCUCCUUCAAGAACGGUCUGGAGAGCGGUGCAUUGCAUGCCUUCCACCCUGGUUCGCGGCUGCACUACUUCGAGUUACUUCGGAGACAUCGUUAUGAGGACUUUGAGUGGGAGAGCCGAUGCCCUGAGCCGGGUCUGGAUUUCGCUUGGUUGAACAAUGGUUUCUUGUCGCAUGAGUUGGCUGAGGAGGAGGGUGCUGACCCUACUUGGUACCUAGAUCAAGAUCAUGCUACUUUGGUGAAGUUUGUUGGUGACAAGGCCUGA